GCCCUACUGCUGCUAUUAAUAAAUGCUGAAAUAAUACACCGCCUCCUGUACUGCGACGCUGGAUGGAUACUAUAAGCCAAGCAACGAAUGUUGGUGGAGCCUAUGUUAACGGCACGGCUGAAAUAAUCGCCUCCAGGGGACUUCUCUGGACACAGGCUCCAAUAGGCUAUUGUAUUGGACUCUUCAUAGGCGGCUGGUUCUACGGUCCAAAGAUGCGUAGGGCCAACUACGUAACAAUGUACGACCCGUUCCAGAAGAAGUAUGGUGCGAGAGUAGGUGCGCUCAUGUGUGUGCCAGAGUUUGUAGGAGACAUCUUCUGGACAGCUGCCAUCUUGUCAGCACUCGGAUCGACCGUCGCCAUUAUCCUCGACGUAGACAAUACCACGUCCAUCAUCGUAUCGGCCGCCAUUGCUGUCUUCUAUACCUUGCUUGGUGGACUCUGGUCUGUGGCCUACACUGACCUCGUUCAGCUAUUUUUUAUUGCUAUUGGGCUGAUUGUUUCCUUCCCGUUCGCCCUCCAUCACCCAUCCCUUGACAAGGAGAAGAUGAAAACGCUGUGGUCAGGGACUCUACCGACUAACGAGAUCGGGUCAUUCCUAGACAUCUACGGUUUACUUAUAUUUGGAGGGAUACCGUGGCAGCCAUUCUAUCAACGAGUGCUCGCAUGUAAGACUCCGAGAAGCGCCCGUAUAUCUCUAAUGUUGUCUUCUGUGCUGUGUCUCUUGUUCGCGGUGCCUCCGGCCGUUAUGGGAGUAAUAGGAGCCUCAGCAGACUGGAAUCAAACCUCGUACCCAAAUGAGGUUCCUCUGGCCCAGGAUCAGCUGCCAUUCAUUCUGCCAUUGGUGUUGGAGUACAUGUGUCCACUCCCAGUGUCCGUCAUCGGUCUCGCUGCCAUUUCGGCUGCCGCCAUGUCGUCUGCUGACUCCACCACUCUCUCCACUGCCUCCAUCUUUGCCAAUAACUGGUACCGAGGUGUUUUCAGAACCAAGGUGUCUGACCGCGAGCUGAUCUGGGUUGUAAGAAUCACUGUCUUGGUAGUUGGAUCCGUUGGAGCCGCCAUCGCUAUCACCUCCAACACCGUUUACGGCCUGUACGUCAUGUCCGGCGACCUCAUGUACGUCAUCCUCUUCCCUCAACUCACCUGCGUCCUCUUUGUCAAAGUUUCCAACGCCUAUGGUAGUAUAUGUGGCUUCUUCCUGUCCGUCAUAUUGCGUAUGAUCAGUGGUGAGCCUCUCAUUGGCCUCCCUGCGCUGAUCAGCUAUCCAUUCCACUCUGAGAAGGACGGACAGCUGUUCCCUUUCAGGACAUUCAUAAUGCUCCUCGCAUUCGUUACAAUAAUCACAGUGUCUUUUCUUGCCGAGACGCUCUUCACAAGAAACAUCAUUCCUAUGAAGUAUGAUUUUCUAAACAAUUUCCAUGACAACGCGCAUAUCGUGGACACUGUUGCACUGGGUGCGUCGACAACGGAGGAACUUGUUGUCCCGGAGGUGCACGAAAAAGAAGUUCAGGAUCAGGAGUUGGACAACAACGAGGUUAACGAGGGCGAAAACGAGGUAAAGAAGCGAGAGUUGAGCGAGAACGAGGUAAAUCAACGAGAGUUGAGCGAGAACGAGGUAAAACAGCGGAAGGCAUACGGUCAAGUGACUUACACUUCAAGCUUGUAGAUUAAUGACUGUUAUGAAAAGGUACCAUUGAUAUAUGAAGCUGGACAUUUAAGGAUAUUUUCAACACGCAUCAUUCAGUUUGUGGUUCUAUGAUCAAAGUUCGAACACUCUCCCUCUUGGAUAUGUUUUUCUUUGUUUUGUAUUUUUUUUUUUAAUGAUUUUGGGGCGGGUUGGGCUGGGUGGGGUAAGAAGCAAAUGUUGUAGUGUCAUCACUUCAAGACUGGGUGUUGGGCAUUUC